GAACAGACAGGAUAAAACCCAAUGUUUGUGAUGAUGUUUCCAAAGUGUAAAGGUGUACAAUGAAAAAAAUAAUCAUUUUAGGGGUUGAAUUGCUUAUUGUUCUGUCUAAUUGAUGUAGCUGUUAACCUGCCUGACAUGAUUAAUUUGUUCUUAGCUGUUGUUACACUGAAUGAUUUUUUAUUGGGGUGGUUUUAUGUAAAUCAUAUGUCUAAUAAUUCUUAUUUUAGUUAAAAUUAUAAAAUUGUAAAUUUUACAUGCCCGUGUUCCGUAAAAAGGUGAAAUGGUAAAAUGUGUUUGACUUUUAAUUUUAGGGUGUUGAAAACACGAUUACGUCUUUGACCCAAAUGUAAAAGCUCUGGCUGAUGUUCCAGAUGCAGCAGCGUUCUCGGCCGACGGUCCACGUGGAUGGUUUCUUGUACGAUGAGGAUCAGGUGGACAUUCUGUGUGAAGAGGGAACCAUGAGUCGCUCCUACUGUCUCACCUGUGGAUCCUACAGAACCGCCCCUCUGGACUUCAUCUCUCACUCCUUCUCCAUCUCAGAGCUUCAGUUCCUGUUUGAGAACGUUCUUCCGGACCUGAGUGGACGGAUGGUUGUGGACGUCGGCUCCAGGCUGGGAGCUGUUCUGUACGGGGGUCAUGUGUUCAGCUCAGCGUCUCACCUGAUUGGUCUGGAGAUCAAUGAGGAGUUUGUGAAUCUGCAGAGAAACAUCCUGCAGAAAUACAAGAUGACCGACCGCAUCCAGGUUCUCCACACUGACGUAUGUCUGCAGAACGUUCUGCUGCAGAGCGCAGAUGUUCUCAUCUUGAACAACGUGUUCGAGUUCUUCAUGGAACUGGGUGAACAAGUCAGAGCGUGGAGGUUCAUCAUGGAGAACUUCAGGAAGAGAGGAUCUCUGCUGGUCACAGUCCCCGCUCUGCAGGAGAGUCUCAGCACUCUGCAGGAGGCUUUGGCACCUGACUGGGUGGAGGAACUUCCUGUGGACUAUGACGUUUUUGUGGGCGGAGACUCGGACGCCGACUCGCUCAGACAGAUCCACCUGUACAGAGUCAUGUGACCUGGACUGGUUCAAAGGUCUGAACUGGUCUGAGGUGGUCUGAUGUCUGGACUGUAGUGGACCAGAGUCCUCAGGUCCGGUCCACAGACGUGUCUGACCUCAGGUGACCUCAUGUGUCAUGUGGAAGUAAAACGGAGCGUUUGGGAAAUGAUGACAUCACUUCCUGAAUCCACACAGAGCCAGUGGUUGUGUACCGAGCUCCAGAAACAACAGAGGACGGUUUGUUUGUUUGUUUGUUUGUUUGUUUGUUUGACAUCUUGAAGCUUCAGUCUGUGACCUCUGACCUGUCCUGAAGAGUUGACAUGAUUUAAUAACUGUCAGUUUGUGUUGAUCGUUGGUUCCCU